UCUCAAGCUAGCUCGCGCCGAAGCCGCGGUGAAGUCAUGCGUUGUGCAUUCGCAUAAAACGUCUCAUAUUGAUUUCGUGAGAAUAUUGAUUUUAUUCUGCCUUUACAAGACAUAUGCUGCUACAUCAAAUAUGGAAGUGACUCGCAAAAAUUUUAAAGAGGCGCUGCCUCUAGUAUCUGAAUCUAUUGAAGAAGCAGACUUUCUCGUAAUCGACGCGGAGUUCACGGGAUUAAUAGAUGGCAGAGACGUCUCUAUGUUUGAUUCUCCUGAAGAGUACUAUCUGACACUGUUAAACGGUUCUACACAGUUUCUUUUAAUACAGUUCGGGCUAUGCGCAUUUAUUUGGGAUGAGAAAAUGAAGAAAUACCGGAAUCAUGCGUAUAACUUCUACUUAUUUCCCAGGGGACGCCCAGGAUAUGAUAAAAUGUUUGUGUGCCAAAGUUCUAGUUUGGAAUUUCUUGCUUUACAAGGUUUUGACUUCAACAAACUCUUUAGAGACGGCAUAUCAUAUAUGACAGAACCAAUAGAGACCAAGCUAAGAGAACAGCUGACUGAAAGGCAAAAAUCAUAUUCUAAUGACAAGGGAACAAUAACUAUUCCUGAUGAGUAUAAAGCUCAGAUUGAAGAAAUCUGUACGAAAGUUGGUGCAUUUGUCAAGGAGAAUAAGUCAAAUGAGAUGGAAGUUGAUAGAUGUAAUGCAUUUGUGCGACGGCUGCUCUUCCAAGAGCUAGGCUCACGAUUUAAAAAUGAUGUGUUCUUGGAAACUAAAGUAUUCGAGAAUAAAGACAGGAUUUUGAAAGUAACACGAUUGUCAUCAUCAGACGAAAGAAAGAAUAAGGAUGACGAAAGGAAAGAGAAAGAAUGGGAAGACUUGGAAGAAGCCAUUGGUUUCUCGAAAAUCGCUAGGUUAAUUAGUCAAUCGGGAAAACUAGUUAUAGGCCACAAUAUGUUACUCGAUCUUCUUCACACAUUGAACCACUUCUUCCAACCAUUGCCAGUUGAUUAUUCAUCCUUCAAAGAAUUUGCACACUGCAUGUUCCCGAGGGUGUUGGAUACUAAAUAUAUGUCCAGUUUACCGCCGUUUAAAGAUAAGUUAACCUCAAGCAUUCUACAGCAUCUUCUAGUUACGUUAUCCCAGCGACCAUUUUCUAUGCCAGAAAUAGAUUCAGUCGAUGGACGGGGUUACCGUCAAACACCUCAUAAGCAACACGAGGCAGGAUAUGACGCAUAUGUCACCGGUCUAUGUUUCUUAUCUAUGCAUGCUCAUCUAGCACGCAUGCGCGGCGAAGGUUCAGGACGCGUGACAGCUGACAGCGUGCAAUUACGGCCUUUCUUAAACAAAGUGUUUUUGGCGAAAACCGCGCAUCAGGAAUCGCCGUUUAUGAACCUCGCUGGUGAUGAUCCAUCACCUUCGAGGGAUCAUGUUUUCCACUUGACGUUUCCAAAGGAUUGGCAGAAGAAUGAGAUUACCCAAUUGUUUAGCGCUUAUGGCCAAAUACUAGUACAGUUUUUGGACGACACAUCCGCGUUGAUAGCGUUGUCCCGUCGAGAUCUUGCGAAAACAGUUAUACGUGCGUUCGCCAAUAAUAAGAAAGUUGUUCUUGUACCAUUUAUUAAAUAUAAAGAACGAAAUGCCAAGGAGUUGCAGUUACAAGCAAUACAGGGGCGUGAGGAGUCAUCGCCGGUGUAUGUGAAAGUAAAUGAGCCCGACGCUUCACAAACCAAUGAAGGUGUCGAUUGCAUUGAUCUUGGGUCGCCGGUUAAACGCAGGAGGUCCAGCAGCUUGAGCACACCUGACAAGAAGCUCGUGAGGAAGCGCACGUCGUCUGGGAUAUUCCAGGUUGAGGAAUCAGAGCCUCCCCCAAAGAGGCCAGAAAUUCCCGAAAUGGAACCCGAGGGGGAAAAAACGCGGGAAAUUCAGACCAACGGAGGCCGGAAAGUAUCCGAAGAGAAAAAGAAAGAGAAGGCCGCAAGUUUGAAGAAGAAAGAUAAAGAAAUGAGAAAAGAGAAGAUGGUGUUAGAUAAGUUUGAUAGUAAAAGUACGUCACAGUGUGUAGAGGCUUUCAAAGAAAGUGAUUGUUGGGAUUAAUAAUAAAUGGAUGUAAACUUUA